CUGUUAUAUACAGUAUGGCGUAUUCUCUUCUUACAGACUUGAAUAGUAUUAGAGAUGAUUGGACCGUGAGGGUUAGAGUUUGCCGGAUAUGGAAUUCUAUUAAUUUCAAGAGAAACAGAGAACUAAUGAGUACAGACAUGAUCCUUAUAGAUGAAGAGGAAACUUUGAUACAUGCUACAAUCAACAAGAAUUUAGUAAAUAAGUACAAGAAUUUGCUGAGUGAAGGAUCAAUCUAUGUUAUUAAGAACUUCAAAGUUAGUGAGGCUUCUGGUUUAUAUAGACCAGUGACAAGUACUUAUAAAAUUUCUUUCUUCCUGACAACUGCACUCCAAGAACUACGAGAAGGUAUUGUUAAUAUUCCUAUAAACGGAUUCCAGCUUAUAAAACCCGACAUGAUCGACUCAAGGCUGAACUAUACACCGUGCUAUCAGGUAUACUGAUUACGAUCAAUGUUUCCUGCUACAUUUUCCGCAAUAGCAAUGUAAUUUAUGAAAUGACUACUUCUUUCAAUUUGAUAUUGUAGAGGUGGUUGG